GGGCGGCCGGUGGCGCUUCCCCACCCAUCUGACAAGAGCUCAGUUCCGGGUUCUUCACAGCCGCGAGCUGCUCGUUGCUGCUGCUGCUGCUAGUAGUGGCACUUUUUUUUUUUUUUUUUUUAAAUAAUCGUAGGAUCAUGUCGCUUUUACUGGACAACCAGUUUAAAGAACUGCCGCCGGACAAGUCUGUGGACACGAAGACUUUCCUGGAAGCGGUCGCUCAUCUGCCUUCGUUCUUCGACUGCUUGGGGUCAAAAGUGUUCUCGGUCAUCAAAUCAGACAUUAAUGGCAACAUAGUGAAAAUUACAGCCGUGUACAACAAGAACCCGGCCAAGUACGUCACCCUGCAGGACAUCCUGGAGGCCGAGCGGGAGGAACACGAGGUAGUGUGGCCCAAAGUCGGAGCCACUUUAGCUCUGAUGUGGCUGAAGAGGGGUCUCCGUUUCAUCCAGAUCCUGCUGCAGAGUUUGGCGGAUGGGGAAAAAGACGAGAACAACCCCAACCUGAUAAAGGUCAACGUCACCAAGGCGUACGAGCAGGCGCUGAAGAAAUACCACGGCUGGGUUGUUCAGAAGAUUUUCACCGCAGCGUUAAUCGCAGCUCCCUACAAAUCCAACUUCCUCAAGGCUCUGUCCAAGGGAGAGGAAGUGAAAGAGGAGGACUGUCUGGCGAACGUGCGUCAGUUCCUGGUGAACUACACCGCCACCGUGGACGCCAUCUACGAGAUGUACGCGAAUCUAAACGCAGAGCUGGACUACACUGUUUGAAGACUCAGGGAAUGCCUGGACUGGAGGUGACGCACCAAGUCCAGGUGUUUUUAACAGGAUUGUUUAAUUUUUUUUCCUCUCAGUGUGGUAUUUAUUACUUUAAUUACGCCUUACUAAAUAAUAAAACUGUAUAUUUGGUCUUAAAAUGAAGCGAAUGCCUUAAAUUUCAAGUGAAGUUGCAGCUGAAGUGGUUUUGUUUUAAUAUAAUUUAAUUUCAGGUAACUGCAGGAUUGUGACAGCAACAUGCUGUCGCUCUCAGACGGGGUUAUGUUCAUGUGUGGGUUGUCGAUUCAUUUAUGAUAUUAUUAUUAUUAUUCCAUCGAGAGAGCAAUACAAGACUGAAAACACUGUUAUCACAGGGCAGCAUUUCCUGGUCAUUUUGUCACAUUCAGAUGUUUUCUGCCUCCUGAGCCGUGGAGUUGGUUCCACCGUUGAACUGGGAGCAGCAGCCCCAGCAGAAGUUUUACACUUUAGCAGCUCAUUUCAGCUUUUAAAUAUCCACCGAGUGCCUUGGUGUUACUGAAUAAACGCACAGUGCUAAUGUAUUUGCAGAGUAGGUAGAACUGGAAUUGUUAUUUUUUCCUUUGAGGGCUUUUAACUGUGUGGAGUUUGUGUGUUUAAACAGGAAGGUGUGGUUCAGGUGCGAUUGCUUUGUGUUGUGUAACUAUUGUAUCCGAACAGGCAGCGAGUCACAUCUGUUGAUUACCUCCCUGACUGGAGGCAUAUUUAUUUCCAUGGCUACUGAUGAGCUGUUUGCUUCUGGAUAAUCGUUUGUGUUGACAUUUGUUUCCUCCAAGAUCUUAAUCCUAAAACUCACACCAUUAAAAUCAAACUCAGUUGAUCAAUCU